CCAGCAGCCAGAGAGCUGUCCAUAUGGGCUCUGUGCGUCUAUCCAGAUAAUCUUUGUUGGAGGAUUAAGACCGGAGCAGGAAGACAUUCAACACGACCUGCAUUUGUCCAAAGAGAGUCCUUUAACCUUUCAGGGGAAGCUGUUGGGGGUCGGAGUUCUGCUGGUGUGGCUCGUCCUCUUCCACCUUCUUGUUAAUGUUUGGCUCCUUUGCGUCUUCACCAGUCUCCUGGUAGUUCUCGGAGGUUGGCUUGGGUCACGGGCUCUGCUGGAUGCCAACAGCGUUCUCCACCUGGAGCACUUCUUGCCUCUUGGCAACAUUAACCCACCUCAGUAUUCACCUGAGCACGAGUGGAGAUUGAACCAUGAGAUCCACAGCGCUGUCCACAAAGCAGUGCGUGACUUUGUGUCCUCGUGGUAUCGCACUCUGCUGCCCGAGGUGGAGGGCGAGUUUGAGCGUGCGGUGCGUAAUUCGAUGCUGGAGUCAGUGAUGGAACUGAAGGAGCGUGCCCGGCGAGUGGACAGAAAGGUCAUGGUUCAGCGGUUGCUGGAGGUGUACGGGGGUCACCUGCAGAACUACAUGACAGUAAGACAGAUACAGUCAACACAAAAGGGAAGCAUGAGCCUCUGGCAGCUCUACAGUGAAGUAGACACCCCUCAUCCAGCUGUGAGCAGCAAAGCUGCUGAGCUCAGCUACUCCAGAGCUCUAGUUCACCUUGUACUACACGUGCUGGUUCCAUACCCACAGAUGGAAACCAGGACAGGAGGUUACAUGGUUACAGAACUUAUUACCUGCAACGUGCUGCUACCGCUCAUAACCAGGAUAUCCGAUCCUGACUGGCUCAACCAGACCAUUGUAGACAUACUUACCAGAUGCAGAGAACCACACCAGGAAAUCAACGUAGAUGACCUCCCAGUAGAUCCCCUAUACAAAUGUCAGAUCGACCAGGAGUCCUGGGCCACCUGCAUGUCACUGUCUUCUUCCGAUCAAGCUGGUCUCGCCAGCAAAAGCGCCUCUGACCUUGAUGACCUGAAUGAGAGCCGGAGCACGACGGAGCAGACUGAGUCCUCACUGAGCAGCAUGGUUAGCUUGGCGUCAGCUGGGAAAUUUCAAAGCUGCCGCCCAGGUCUGCUCACAUCAUACAAAGUGAACUGCUGUCCGCUUACAUCUGCCCAUCACUCCAACUCGUCAGAGUCCAAAAUAAUUUCACUGGACUCGCUAACUCAGUCUGACUCGGAUGAUGAUCUGAAAGGAGGCUUUUGCGAGUGUGGUCCUUCAAACAACUUCUGCAGCAUGCUCACUUCUAAAGAUGUUGAAGCCUAUGGAUGCUUCGGUCCACUGAGAAAUCUAGGACAGAAGGUGGUGGUGCCGGUGGACUCCCAGUGGCCAGCAGGCAUAGCUGAAGAGAAAUCUCCAGGUUGCCCUAGAAGAAAGCUUUGUUUACCCUCUUAUAACUUGGAUUCCCCCAGCAAUGCAGUGGCACCUGUGAACAUCCAGAAUGUCAGAAUUGGUGGCACCGUCACCGCAAAAGACCAGCGUGGCACCGGCAUACAUCCCUAUAUUCUUUACACUGUAAAGUUUCAGACAGCGACCAGUGAUGGCAGCGCCACUCCACAGCAUGCGGCCUGUCACGCUGUCAAUCGCAGAUACAGCGAGUUCCUCAACUUGCAGACACGAUUAGAGGAGAAGCCUGAAAUGAAGAAAUUAAUCAAGAAUGUCAAGGGCCCAAAGAGGAUUUUCCCUGAUCUCUCAUUCAGCAGUCCAGACGGUGAGAAGGUUGAAGUGCGUAAAAGCCAGCUGGAUGCCUUCCUAAAACAAUUAAGCAGCAUUCCUGAGAUAGCCAACAACGAAGACAUGCAGGAGUUCCUAGCUCUCAAUUCAGGUGUCUGUACAUAUUUUGGAAGAAAACCUUUUGCCAAGUCAAGAAUUGAUAAGAUGAUGGAAAAUGCUUUGGACACUUUGAAGACAGCUUUCCCACAUCCAGAACCCCUCAGCCCAACAGAGGACAUUGAUGGAGAUCCUGAUGGAAGAACAAUGGACAACAGAAAAUACAGGAGGCUUUUCCCAAGCAAAAUCUCCCCAGCCUUCAAUAUACCCAACAUUCCUGAUCUACAUCCUAAAGUGACAUACUGCUUCAGUGAAGGCAGCACUGUCCUCAAUGGCAUGUCACUGUCCCACCUUGAGAAUUUUGUUGGUGAGCAGGAAACACUGUUAUGUGGACUGAAUGGGAAAGAGAACAAGCAGAGGUGUGAGCAAGAUGUGAAGAAGACUUCAGGGAAAACUCACGGCACAGACACAGCUGUGGCAGAUGUCGCUUUGAACAUCUUGUGUUUGCUGAUGAAGGAUCAGUGGAGUUGGCUGUGCACUGAGAACAUCCAGAAGGCCAUCAGACUGCUCUUCGGGACUUUCAUCGAGAGAUGGUUGGAUGUAGGUGUCGCCCACCUUACCAGUGCUCCUUGCUGGGUGAUUUACCUACAAGUGCUGCAGGAAGCUGUAUGGCCCGGUGGCACUCUGCCUGCUCAACCACAGCCUGAGCGAAGUGCUGCACAAAAGGAGAAAACAAAGGAGCAAUGUUUGGACUGCCUGAUGCAGCUGCUCCCAGAGCUCAUCACUGACAUGCUGGGUAAUGAGAAGUACAGACUGAGUUUGGAGACUAUGCUGGAGUCUUUGCAGGACCACCAGAUAAACAAGCAUCUGCUUUACUGCAUCUGUGACCUGCUGCUGGAAUUUCUGAUCCCCGAGUCGUGUGAUGAGAACUUCCAGCAUUCUCUGCUACAGAGCUUGACCAAAGACACAUAUUGAGACAACAAUGAUCGUCAUUAGUUUACAAAAAUCUGCCUGCUGAAGCCCAGAACUGAUCACCAGACAGACUCGGGUCUGAAUGACAGUCACGACUCUCAGCAGCUUGUCUGAUAGAUAAAUGGAAUACACAGGUAAACAAAUAUCUGUCAUUCAGUUGUGGCGAGCUCAGUGUACUUAUAUAAUUCCUAUCAUUAUUUCAUGAUCAUUUCAACUUCCCAUAUGUGUGAUAGACUUAUCACUUAUCCCAUUAUCAUAAAACAAGCUUGAGCUUCCAUUUCAGCUUAUAAAAAGUGUUAGGUAUUUUAGCACUACGGUUAGCAUUUACAGGAUAUUGUUUUAUAGUGACAUUAUGCAGGAAAACUCUGUCAUUCAAUAAGGCCCCUU